AUGGCCAUGGAUUGCGGCAUCUAUGGCGUCAUCAAGCUCCGCACAUUCUUCGCUUUCCUCAUCCUCUUUCUCUCUACCUCCACCUUCUCCCUCUCUUCUUCUUCUUCUUCAAAUGUUCAAAUAAACUCAAACUCAAUCUUGGUGGCUCUUCUCGACUCACAUUACACAGAACUCGCUGAACUCGUUGAAAAAGCUAUGCUUCUUCAGACACUAGAAGAUACUGUCGGCAACAACAACAUCACUAUUUUCGCACCGAAAAACGAAGCUCUUGAACGAGAUCUCGACCCUGACUUCAAAAUCUUCCUCCUCGAACCACGAAAUCUCAAGUCUCUCCAAACUCUCCUCAUGUCACACAUCAUUCCAACGCGAAUCAACGGAUCCGAACCCGGGUCGACCCGACACAAAACGCUUUCACUCCAACACCACCUCACUAUCCAACCAAACGAAACUUCUCAACAAUGGACGGUUAACGGCGCGAGGAUUCUCCAUCUAAACGACGUAACUAGACCUGACGGCGUCAUCCACGGAAUCGAACGCCUUCUCAUUCCACGUUCCGUUCAAGACGACUUCAAUCGUCGCAGAAGUCUCGUCUCCAUUGCCGCAAUUAAACCUGAAGGAGCACCGGAAGUUGAUCCGAGAACUCACCGCUUGAAAAAACCAGCCCCGCCGCAAAACCCUGGCUCACCGCCGGCUCUUCCAAUAUACGAUGCAUUGGCUCCGGGACCGUCACUAGCACCGGCGCCAGCACCAGGACCUGGUGGACCCCAUCACCAUUUCAACGGAGAGGCACAGGUGAAAGAUUUCAUCCAAACGCUGAUUCAUUACGGUGGUUACAACGAGAUGGCGGAUAUUCUCGUUAACCUAACGUCGUUAGCAACGGAGAUGAGUCGGUUAGUUUCAGAGGGUUACGUUUUAACGGUUUUAGCUCCAAAUGAUGAAGCUAUGGCUAAGUUAACAACGGACCAGUUAAGUGAACCGGGUUCACCAGAACAAAUUAUGUAUUAUCAUUUAAUUCCUGAGUAUCAAACUGAAGAGAGUAUGUAUAAUGCUGUUAGAAGAUUCGGGAAGGUUUGUUAUGAUACACUUCGAUUGCCUCAUAAGGUGGAUGCUCAGGAAGCUGAUGGGUCGGUUAAAUUCGGGCACGGUGAUGGGUCGGCUUAUUUGUUCGACCCGGAUAUUUAUACGGAUGGGAGAAUCUCUGUGCAAGGGAUUGAUGGGGUUUUGUUUCCUCAUCAAGAAGAAGAGGAGGUUGUUGAUAAGGAUGUGAACCAAACCCGGUUGGGUCAACCUGCUAAAGCUGUGGUUAAGCAAAGAAGAGGAAAAUUGUUGGAAACAGCCUGCUGGAUGCUUGGAACCUUUGGACAGCAUUCUAGAUUCACCUCUUGUCAAUAA